UCUCCCAUCACCUGUCCUUUGGCCCAUUCCAUUUCUGACAACAGUGACCCUCAGCAUUACCUCUAUUCAACUCUGCACAGGCGGGAACGGUCCCGUGAAAGGGUUGGCUUUCAGGUGGAGGAAGGAGAGAUCUCUCCCUGCUCUGCCAUCAGCCAACUUCACCGCAUGGCCAGCAGUUACAGUGAGGGUUGUGGCAGGAGGGAUGGGGGUGACCUGGAACCAGAGUUGGGCUUGGCUUCAGAGGGGAGUGACAGCAGCCACGAGCACCGAGCAUCGCCUGGUUCUUCCCGAGAUGAAAGGAAGCGGACUCGCUUCCAUGAAGAUGUAGAGAUGGCCAGCUCAAGUGGGAGUGGGACUGAAUCCCACGGCAACGACUCGCAUGAAAAUGAGUCUCAUGGCAAUGAAUCUGUGGGCAGUUCAAAUGGAAAUGGGAAAGAUUCCGCUCUCCUCGAGUCAUCGGGAAGCAACAAGAGCUCAAAUUCUCACAGCUCCUCACCACCAAGCAGCUCAAAUGCCUUCAGUCUGGUGAGCUCCGAGCAGGACAACCCAUCUUCUAGUGGUUGCAGCAGCGAACAGUCGGCUAAAGCAAAGAAACAGAAGGAGCUCUUAAAGACCCUUAAGGAGCUGAAGUUGCAUUUGCCCAUGGAGAAGAGGAGCAAGGGCAAAUCUACCACUGUCAACACACUCAAAUAUGCUCUACAGUGUGUCAAGCAGGUGAAAGCCAAUGAAGAGUAUUACCAGAUGCUAAUGAUCAAUGACAGCCAACCACCUGGUUUUGAAGUGCCAUCUUACACCAUUGAGGAAAUCAAUAGCAUCACUUCGGAAUACACCCUCAGAAACAAUGAUAUAUUUGCUGUAGCUGUCUCACUAAUCACAGGGAAAAUAGUUUACAUCUCAGAUCAGGCGGCGUCCAUCUUAAACUGCAAGCGUGAAGUAUUCCAUAAUGCCAAGUUUGUGGAAUUCUUGACGCCUCAGGACGUCAGCGUGUUCUACAGCUUCACGACACCGUACCGCUUGCCCUCAUGGAGCAUGUGCACUGGAGCAGAGUCAUCUCCCACGGAGUGCAUGCAGGAGAAAUCCUUCUUUUGCCGCAUCAGUGGUGGAAAGGAGCACUAUGGGGCUAUGCAGUACUACCCCUUCCGCAUGACUCCUUAUCGAAUGAAAGUCCAAGAUGCGGAACUCUCUGAGGAGCAGUUCUGCUGCCUCUUGCUGGCAGAGAGGGUGCACUCUGGUUAUGAAGCACCCAGAAUCCCUUCUGAUAAACGCAUCUUCACCACCACGCACACACCUAACUGUGUUUUUCAGGAUGUCGAUGAAAGGGCUGUUCCACUGUUGGGUUACCUCCCGCAGGACUUGAUUGGGACACCUGUGCUGCUCAAUCUGCACCCAAGUGAUAGGCCUAUCAUGCUGGCUGUGCAUCGCAAGAUUCUGAAGUAUGCUGGUCAGCCAUUUGACCACUCCUCGAUACGCUUCUGUGCAAAAAAUGGGGAAUACAUCACAAUCGACACCAGUUGGUCCAGCUUUGUUAACCCCUGGAGCCGCAAAGUUUCAUUUGUCAUUGGCAGGCACAAAGUCCGCAUGGGUCCUGUGAACGAAGAUGUUUUUGCAGCACUGGCUUUUAAUGAAGGGAAGAUGAUGGACUCAGACAUCCAAGAAAUUAGUGAGCAGAUCCACAGGCUACUCCUACAACCGGUUCACAACAUGGAAUCCAGUGGUUAUGGUAGCCAUGGCAGCAAUGGUUCCCAUGAACAACAAGUGAGCAAUGGCUCAUCCAGCGAAAGCAAUGGGAAUGGGAUGGUGGGGAAUGCAGCUGAGGAAACGAGCAAGGCCAAGCCCACCAGGACAUUCCAGGAGAUUUGUAAGGGAGUUCACAUGCUGAAGAACCAGGACUCACAGAUGUGCCUGCGCUCCCCUCCCCCAUCACCUGCUCCAUUCCCGUCCAAGCCCGAAAAGAAAAACCCUGACGCGGUGUCUCAGAAGAGUCCAGUGGUGCGUCUGAAGGACUCUGCACCGAGAGAUAGUAAUGCAUCCAACAUGGAUGAAUUAACCUUCAAAGACCAGACUGUCUGCUCCUACCAGCAGAUUAGCUGCCUUGACAGCGUCAUCCGUUAUCUGGAGAGUUGUAACAUCCCCAUCUCUGUAAAGAGGAAAUACCAGUUUUCUUCAAACACCAACUCCUCCAACUCAGAUGAUGACAAAAAAUGUACAGAGGAUACUGUGCAAGCACCUGGUGGUUCAAACACAGAUUCUUUGAUGCUUGAGGGCCAGCCUGGAUUGUCAAACAUGAAAGCGCUCAAGAAGUCCAAGGCAGCAGUGGUUGGAGCACCAAUGGGAACCCUUCCUUUACCCAGCAAGGCAGAAAGUGUUGUGUCAAUCACAUCUCAGUGUAGCUAUAGCAGCACCAUUGUGCAUGUGGGAGACAAGAAGCCACAACCAGAGUCUGAAAUAAUUGAGGAUGUGGCUGAGAGCCCUGCCCCCCCUGCGCUGCCCGUUAGUGUGGUUUCUCCGCUGAGCCAGGAGAAAGAGGCCUAUAAGCGGCUGGGACUGACCAAGCAGGUGCUGGCAGCCCACACGCAGAAAGAAGAGCAGGCCUUCCUCAGUCGCUGCCGAGAACUCUGUAAAGCCAGGACGUUCCAGAAGGACUAUUACAGACAUCUGCACAGACAGAAGGGGCCAGUCAAUCCUGAAGAACCAUCGGGAUUACGAGAUGCUGCCAAACAGGGCAUGACGAGGCCAGAGACCACUGCCAAAAAGGGGAACCGUAAUAGAAAGUCUAAGAAGCCACGCAUGACGCAUCCUGAUUCGUCAGACAGCGCUGUGUCCAACCGCAAACGCCGCCCCCCUCUUCAGGGCCUCAACCAGACGUCAUGGUCCCCAUCGGAAGCGUCCUUGUCGGCUUUUAAUGUGUCCUACCCAGCCAUGGUGCCUGCCUACCAGCUCUACCCACCGGCGCCUGCUGCUCCAGCACAGGUGCCCCGUCCAGACCCGUCCCUUUCCACAGGCUUUGUCGAGGGCCAGAGCACUCAAGUUCCUCCUACUGCAACUCCUUUUCCAGCGCCCAUUGUUACACCUAUGGUGGCUUUUGUGCUGCCAAACUACCUCUUCCCUCAAAUGGGACCGUUGGGCCAAAUAGGGCCUGCUCCCAGACCAGCGUUUUUCCUGGAGCAGACCCAGACGCAACCUCAGUUUAAUGCCCAGCAGCCCUUUCAGCCCCCGCAGUCAGCUUACACCCUGCAAGCGCAACCUCCCUUCACCAGCCAACAGAUUUUCCCCGUGCCGACUGCCUUUCCAUCUCAGCAGCCUUUCCAGUCUCGCCCGACGACCUACAGUGCCCAGCAGGGCUUCACUGCUCAGCCUACUUUCUCAGUCCAGACUCCAUUUGUGGCUCAAGCUCCAUAUACGACUCAGCCCUUCAUUUAUAGCCCAAAUACCCAACCCCCUAAAGCCUCAGGUUUGGAGCCAAGAGAGGGGGCGGCUUCUCGCUCCUCCACCCCAGCAUCUGGUGCACGUGAGCGCACCACAUCACCGACGCUGUUUGAAUCACGGUGCAGCUCGCCCCUGCAGCUCAAUCUGCUCAGCAUGGAAGAGGGCCAACGCUCCGUGGAGCGGCAGGACUGUACAGCGGCCUUUGCUGGACCUCAGGGCAUCAGCGCAGCGCCGUGUUCUGUUGCAGCAGGACCUGCUGUAGAAAAGAGUCCGACAGUCUCAGCCAAGGCUGAAAAUCUUCAGCAGGUAGAGUCUCCAGAAGAUCGCGCGCACAGUGACGGUCACUCUUCAUCCUGUGACCUACUGGAUAUACUUCUCCUGGAGCAGGAGGACUCUCACUCUGGCACCGGUUCAGCAACAUCUGGUUCCAUGGGCUCAGGAUCAGGAUCUGGUUGCAAUGGCUGUGGUAUGUCGGCAAGUGGAGCCUCAGGCAGCAGAACAGGCAGCAGCAACACAAGCAAAUACUUUGGCAGUAUUGAUUCUUUGGAACAUGAUCCGAAGACUAAAACCCAAGCCAUAUCGAGAAGUGAAGGAGUGAAGGACUCUGAUGGUGGCCAAUCACAGGCCAAGGUGUCAGCCAAAGGAGAGGGAGAGCAUUUAAUUAAAUAUGUUCUCCAGGAGCCCCUUUGGCUGCUGAUGGCCAAUGCUGACAACAAGGUCAUGAUGACGUAUCAAAUGCCAUGCAGGGACAUUCAGAAGAUUCUGAGGGAAGACAAGGAACGAUUAAGACAGAUGCAGAAGAGUCAGCCCCAUUUCUCCUCAGACCAACGCCGAGAGCUGAUGGAAGAACACCCAUGGAUGAGAAGAGGGGGUCUACCUGCUGCUAUCAAUGUGAAGGAGUGUCUGUACUGCAAGGAAGCUGCAGAGGACCACAUCGAGGAGAACCUCCCUCAAAUGGACUUGGGGGAGAUGGGUGAGGAGCUGAGCGAGAAUGCUCAAAGCCAGUCAGAGGCGUCACAGCCCAAACUGGACUCUGGCUCGUGAACAUUUCAACCACCAGCAGGAGGGACACACUUGACCAGCCUGGACCCCUAACACACACACACACUCUCAGACACACGUAUUGUAAAUAUGAGACAAAACAACCGUGUGCCUGGCUGUCCUCAAAAAGACUCUUAAAAACAGAUGUACUGAAUCUUUGGUUGUGUGGUUGCGGCUAGUGUUUGUGUGUUGACUGUGAAACGGAGAUACAAAGUGAUCACACCGAGGUCUGUACUUGCAGGGCUUUUAUGUUGUACAACUGUCGCAACACAUUCUCAGAUAGGAAAUGUUAACUGUUAUUUAAUUUGCCCCGACCCCCAAACCUUUUUCUGAGAGAUGACAUGAGCAGUCAAAAAUGUGUUGCUUGUUACUUCUUAAAACUGUCAAACCAUAUUGGAAAGCGACAUGAUUGUCACAAGCACAUUGCAUUGAUGAGAUGUUGUAUGCUUGUAUGAACACUUUUUUUUUUUUUUUUAAAUCUCCCCCCCCCCCCCCUUACUAUAUAGCACUUAUAUAGUUAGGCGAACGUGUAACACUUGACUCAUCAGCCAACAUAAGUGGCGAGACAAGUGCAGUCUGACUGUAACCUGCCUCAACAGUGACAAUCUGAUGCACAGCACAAGAUGUGCAUUUAACUCCUCUUAUUUAUUUUGUAGUUGAUGUAAACUACACCAGGGUUUCUUAAGCUAUAGCCAAAUACCUUUUUUAAAAAAAAAAAAAAAAGUUGACACUGUGUAUUACAUUCAAAGUCCUCUGCAAGAGGUUAAAGGUCACUCUAGUCAGAUCUAAACUGGAGUAUCAAGCCUGCACGCUGGGGCGUGGCUGCCAUUGCUUCAGUGGUUUGCAGCACUGUUGUAUCUAUUCAGUCCUUGAAUAUUCUGUGAAUCCAGAAUCAUGUAGCUAAUUAGGGGAUCAUAGGAAAGAAAUAAUUUAUGUAAUAAUUCUGUUGAGCAACCCCCAUCAUUUUGCUCGAAGCAGCUCCAUGGUCAGUUUCAGAGGGUGGGCAGGCCGCUUCGUGCAGUGGGACCAGCUCAGGUGCUUUUACAAACUCUCUGCUUUGGUAUGGCUUCUGAAUGUAUCACAGGCUGGACCAAGGGCAUCUCACUGAUUAGGUUUUUUUUUUUUUUUUUUUUUUUUCUUCUUCCCCUCCCCUCUUCCUUCUUUUAAACUUGUUUUUUAAUCUAUUUUGACUGUUUUUCUGGUCCUUUUUUGUCCAUUUUAUUUUGUUUGAAGAAAAGCUUUUACAUGUAGUUGUUGCUCGAGAUGGCGACUGCAUGUUACUGUGACCAGUGAGGAACAGCCCCUAUAUGUGCAUUUGGACAAUUUGUGACGAUUUCAUUGCGCAAUGGUCUUGUUGGAUUGGCUGAGGUUUGAAGACUUCAAUGUUGGGCUCCAUGUCUCAGUGUGUGGAGAGGACAGCAACAUGGAGCAACCCCAUUUGCUCUUACUGCACAGUAUGUCUCAGUUCUAUGCUGAGGACACGCCAACGCCCUUAGGUGUAUAAAGCAUUGAGAAAGCAAAUGUGGUUCAUACAUCGGAAAUAGGAAAUGUGCUAAAAGCACGACAUGGGAAAGUUUUACGCCUUACUGUUUUUCACAAAGAGGGAAGUCAAUAUUCAAUGAAUUCCACACUGGUGAGUGUUUUGGGUGAAUGAAAAGAAGCUGUAAAUGCAUAAAUGGUACUGGCACAUGAGGUUAUGUCUGAGAUUUCUUUUGGUGCCACUGUAUGAGUCUGGUUAUAUUCAACUAAAGUGCAGUUUUGUGCAUUAUUGUAUGUAGGAGUUUGUGUUUGAAACUGGCAUAAUGUAAUAAAAUUACAGAACUAUUUAA